AUGUGUGACUCCAAUGGAAAACGAAAGAAGGGUGGUGCCGAAAAGUUACGAGAAAAAAAGAGAACACUUUUAAUGGAUAAUGCAAAAAUAUGUGGUGAUAUUCGUGUUAUGUUUUCUAAAUUGAAGAACGAAGUCUUAGACAAGUCUGAGAAAAUACAUGAUAAUUUAAGUCAAAUAUCAUCAAAUAAAGAUGAUGCAAUUGAUGAUUUGUGUGAAGUAAAGGUUAUGAAUUUGAAUGUCUCAGAAUCAAUGUUUAAGAAACCACUUCCUCUAAUGCUUGACAAUUAUUUUGAAUAUCAUCCUUUGCAACCUGUUUCACAUACAUUUUUCAACUGUAAAAAGGUUUUUUAUAAAGCAGACGGAACUAAUAGAUUUUGGCUCACAUUUGAUGGAAAAUCAUUAUUUUGUACAGUAUGUUUAGCUUUUUGUUCAAAAAAUAAUUMAUUUGUACUAGGUAUGAAUACAUGGUCUCAUACCUACCAACGUAUUCAAGAACAUGAAAAUAUAUUAGACCACWAUGUAAGUAUAGAAGCAUAUUUUUUGCACAUUCACAAGACUAACAUAGAUAACCUUUUAUUUGUGAAUCAAUUAAAUUCAAGAAAAAUUUUAACUAAACAAAGACUCAAUGCACUUGAACGCAUAAUAGAUGUAAUUAAAUUAAUUGGUAAACGUAGCCUUAGUUACCGCGGAAAAAAUAAUGAAGCUGCUUAUACUUUACAUAAUAACUCAGUUGAUCAUGGCAAUUUUCUAGAUAUACUAUUAUUACUAAAAAAAUAUGAUGUUGUUCUGAAUGAAUAUUUAGAUAAUAUUAUUAAAAAAAGUCAAGUAUCACAUAAUUCUGGAAAUAAAACUAGAGGUGGUUUAUUAACCUUAAUUUCAAAGACAACAGUUAAUCAAAUAAUUGAAUGUAUCAGUGAUCUUAUUAAAAAAUGCAUAGCUAGUCAAAUUGUAGAAGCUGGAAUGUUUUCUGUUGAACUAGAUACCACCCAAGAUGUAGCAGWUAAAGAUCAGUGUGCAAUUGUGAUUAGAUAUGUUAAUUCUAAUGGGAUUCAUGAAAAACUCAUAGCUGUUGUAAACUGUAUAGAUAGUUCAGGAAAGGGUAUUUUCAAAUUGCUUUCUAAUGUUCUUACAAAUAAUAAUUUAAACAUUAAAUAUUGCAUUGCCAAUGCAACAGAUGGUGCUGCAUCGAUGCAGGGCAUUUAUAAUGGAUUUUCUAAAUGGUUAUCAGAUGAAUCACCUGGUAAUGUUCAUGUAUGGUGUUACAGCCAUAUUCUAAAUUUGGUGUUAUCRGAUAUAACUAAAACAUCUAUUGCUACUGCAUCAGUUUUUUCUUUAUUAAAUGGGUUAGCUGCAUUUUUUAAAGAAUCAUAUCAACGUAUGGCUGUUUGGUCAAAAGCUACAAGGUCUGAUGUAAAACAUAGAAAACUCCAAUUAAUUGGAGAAACUAGAUGGUGGGCAAAAGAAGAAGCAUUAAGCAAAAUUUUUGGUAGUAUAAAAUCCACUGAUUGUUUAUAUAUUGAAUUAUUAAUUUCACUGUAUGAAAUAGAAACUUCUGAACAUUUUUCAAUAGAAAUAAGAUCCAAAGCUAAGAAUUUUAAGGAAUCAAUGUUAAAAUAUUCUACAUUGCUUACAGCCUUUAUGUACCUAAGAAUUUACAAAAUAACUUCCCCAUUGUCAAAAUAUUUACAGACAAAUGGAAUGGAYUUGCAUAAAUCUCAACAAUUAGUUAAUAUAGCUCAUAAAGAAUUACAAUAUAUUCAAAGAGAUGUUAAAGGGUUAAAAAAUCAGGUUGAUGCAUUUAUUAUUAAUGCUAAUAAUAAACUAGAAUCAUUUAUUGAUUAA